GCGCCGGCCCCGCACCCGGAGACUUGGGAGCCGGCGACGCGGCGCUGGAGGCGGAGCGGAGCCGGGUCGGCGGGCCGGGCGGGGGAGUCUGCGCGGCGCCGGGCGCCUCCCGGCCGCGUCUCCCCCUCGCCCGCUCUGCCCGCGGCGCGGCGGCCCCUCUCGCCUCGCCCGCCCGGGCCGCCAGCGGCGCCCCCGGCGCGGCCUCAGACUCCAGCCGCGGAGCGGGCUCCUCUCCGCCCCCGGAACCCGCCGUCGCCCCCGGCGAACUCGGUACCAGCUGGAAAAGUCGGAUCCGUGCGGUGCCCCUGGUCUUCGGGGAGGGGGGAAAAAACCCCGCGGGGCUGGGGCUGACGCCGGCGAGGACGUGGGUUCCGAGUACCGUCGCCGACGGCCGCGAACACCUUUGCCCCAGUUUUGUUUUUUUUUUUUCUGGCGCCCGGGGUUUAGACGGGAAUUAACGUUCACCCCAACCUGCCCGAAACCCGAGUGCGGGGGACGGCGCCCCUGAGUCAUUGCGGUCCCCGGUGGGAUGAGAUAGCGGAGACCUUGCCACCGAGGCUGCGAAGAAGGAAGAGCCGCGCACCCCGCCCCGCCCCACGGCUCGACAAGUGGCUUCCCCUCUUGCUCCCUUUUAUUUCUUUAUUCUAGAGGAAAACCUAGCCGGGGUCCGAAUGCCUGUUGCGUGGGACGCAUGAUUAAACCUAGUUCUUUAAUAACCGACUGCCUGUUGCGAGCAUACGAGGAAUCUUCUCAAAUCAGACCUUUUUUUUUUCCUGCCACGGUGCUCGGUGAAGCAGCUGUUAGUUUGCCGCAGAUGUUCAGAAGUAGUGACUUUCGGCGUGGACCUGAAGGACGCACACUAAACCUGAAACAGCCCCCCUUGCCGCUGCAACUUAACUUGACUUUAAUCAAACUUCCUUUCCACCACCCACCCCCCGUUUUGGCUUUUUUUUUGCCCGGUUUGUGGGUGGGAUUGCAGCCACCUUCCUUCGAGAUGAAUAAGUAAUUUAGGUGCAGUGAUGGAGGUUCACUAUGAAAAUUGUAUUUCAUUAACAGUUCAUAGUCAGCUACCCCCAUCCUCCGAAAUUGGGUACCGCAUUUUCUCCUAGUCUUGAUACAGUUUUUGGAUAAUAAACUCCUACGUCCUAGAAGUCUGAGGCUUUUAAAGUCUAUGUCUUUUUAAAGAAAGCAAUUUAUAAACGGUGUUUUGGUUGAUCCAUGCACCGUAUUAAAAACUGAUGUCUAAGGAAAUACUGAUCCAAACAGCUUUGAAAAAGACAUGGGAACUCAGGAGAAAGGGAAGCCUCUCAUGGCAGUUCCACCCCGCAGUGCAGGCCUGACAGUUCAACAUUUGGGUCAUACCUCUAUGGGAGAGAUCAGGCCCAGUGGCAUUGGGACCACCAGGGCUGCACAUGGCUGUUGGGUGUGUGUAUUAGCAGGAUCCAUAAAGAAGAAAACGGGGAAGGAGCAAAGCAUUGAUUACAAAUGUCUUAAUAAUGAGCAAAUGUGGCAGGAAAAAAUAUAUUAAGACAAAUCUAAGACAAAUGACCAUGGAAACAAUUGAAUCUCGGCAAGAUGGAAGUAUAACAGAUACUGUGGCAGAGAGUGAAUCUGCUCAGAUGCAGACUCAGACUGGUCAGAAUUCAAUUUCUACUUUAGCUCAGGUUUCUGUAGCUGGAUCAGGCACCGGAAGAGGCUCCCCAGCUGUAACUCUAGUACAGCUACCUUCGGGCCAAACUGUACAUGUCCAGGGAGUAAUUCAGACACCGCAGCCAUCGGUUAUUCAGUCACCACAAAUACAAACUGUUCAGGUAGCAACAAUUGCAGAGACAGAUGAGUCUGCAGAAUCAGAAGGUGUAAUUGAUUCUCAUAAACGUAGAGAAAUCCUUUCACGAAGACCCUCUUAUAGAAAAAUACUGAAUGAGCUUUCCUCUGAUGUGCCUGGUGUUCCCAAGAUUGAAGAAGAAAAAUCAGAGGAAGAAGGAACGCCACCUAACAUCGCUACCAUGGCAGUACCGACUAGCAUAUAUCAGACUAGCACGGGGCAAUACAUUGCUAUAGCCCAAGGUGGAACAAUCCAGAUUUCUAACCCAGGAUCUGAUGGUGUUCAGGGACUACAGGCUUUAACAAUGACAAAUUCAGGAGCUCCUCCACCAGGUGCUACAAUUGUACAGUACGCAGCACAGUCAGCUGAUGGCACACAGCAGUUCUUUGUCCCAGGCAGCCAGGUUGUUGUUCAAGAUGAGGAAACUGAACUUGCCCCAAGUCACAUGGCUGCUGCCACUGGUGACAUGCCCACGUACCAGAUCCGAGCUCCAACGACUACUUUACCACAGGGAGUAGUGAUGGCUGCCUCACCAGGAAGUUUGCACAGCCCCCAGCAACUAGCAGAAGAAGCAACACGCAAACGAGAACUCAGGCUAAUGAAAAACAGGGAAGCUGCCCGGGAGUGUCGCAGGAAGAAGAAAGAAUAUGUCAAAUGUCUUGAAAAUCGUGUGGCUGUGCUUGAAAACCAAAACAAGACUCUCAUUGAGGAACUCAAGGCCCUCAAAGAUCUUUAUUGCCAUAAAGCAGAGUAAUUGUCUUUGGCUUGGACCUUGUUUUCUGUGAACUCUAAUCAAGGCAGGAGAUAACAGCAGUUCUACUAAUUGCCAUGUGGACUUGUAGAAGGGACACUUGUGACCCUUCAGAAUCCAGUUUGGCUUUAGUGUUGGAAAUGGAAUUGGGAAUGUUGUUGUGAGAUUUGGAAUGCAGCCAUGAUCACAUAUGUUAUGCUUACUUCAGUCUGUUUGUCAAUAGCAUGCAAAAAACUGUUUUGUUUGCCCUUUUGCUUCUACCCCUUUUCAGAGAAGCUGCUAAAGAAUGUCGACGUCGAAAGAAAGAGUAUGUAAAAUGUCUGGAAAGCCGCGUUGCAGUGCUGGAAGUUCAGAACAAGAAGCUUAUAGAGGAACUUGAGACCUUGAAAGACAUAUGCUCUUCCAAAACAGAUU